AUUAUGAUUUUAUUCUUCACGCGAAUACUAGUUUCUCUAAUGAUAAAAAGAGGUAGUGAUGUCUACUUAUGGCAUAUUGUUCUAAUGAGCUUUCAAAUCGCGGAUUGACUGUUCGAAGUCUCCGAAGGGGGUGCAAACUGUAAAACAUGGAAUAUACUUCAAUUCCGGCAUCGAGAUUCGAAGAAGUAAUUCGUCAUUUAAGACUUAGUUUUCCUGACGAACCACUUAACGCUUCAGUCGGCCUCAGUCUAUAUGGAAAACCCUGUUCACUUCUUGAGCAAUACGAUUUAUCGACAUUAGAGGAAGGUUUAUCCGUCAUGGCGGUAGAUACAUAUACCAAUGAGAUAGCAGGCGUAUUACUAAACGGCACUUCGAAGAAAGGAGAUAUCGAAGAAGCUAUCAAGAGAAUGGAAACGAUAGACAAUAUACCAUACCAGCAAAUUUUCGGUCUACUAAAUAAUGUGAACAAAGAGUUGGAUCUGUUCACCAAAUAUAGAGUAGAUAAAAUUUUUGAAUUCAGAAUAUUAGCAGUAGACCCCAAGUAUAGAGGACAAGGUGUAGGAAAAGAAUUAUUUCUGAGAAGUGAAAUGAUUGCUGCGGAAAAUGGCUUUAAGCUCAUGAAGGUAGACGCUACAAGUUUCUUUACUCAAAAGAUAUGUGAUAGUUUUGGUUUUGAAACUAUAAAGACUAUUCGCUACGGUGAUUAUUUGGACGAAAACGGACAGAAAAUUUACAACACCAAAUCUCCUCACGAUUAUUAUAAAGUAAUGAUAAAAAUCUUGCAUGGUAAACGAAAUGACUGAAUUAUGAAAAUCAAAAUGAUAUAGUAUUUUUAUUGUUGUUGAAUUUAAUUGUUGGAGAGUUCAUCAUAAGUUGACUAGAUAAAAUGAUAAUAAAAAUAAUUAUUUUUAAUGUUUUAUGAAGAACCAGUGUAGUUUAAGCUCAAAUUAAUUCUUAAUGUAAGUAAUAGCUAUAGAGAUUCUAAUUAUGAUAUUUUAUCGUAUUCCAAAGUUCUGACUUUAUUGGAUAUGUUGUCUCAAUCUAAAAUGAAAAUUGUAGUAAUUUUGAGCAAUUUAAAACGCAAAUGAAUAUCAAUUAUAAUAGGUAUAAUCAGUUAAAUAUUGAGAACUGACAACAACGGUUGUUAACUGUAUAGUAAUUUUUGUAAAAAUUACUCAAAUUAAAGGAAUGAGAGGUUGAAAGUGAACCAUAUACAUGACAGUGUAAACUUACAGAAUCUCCGCAUUGCAUCUCAAAUCAAUUCACAUCAAGCAUUUAAAAAAAACUUCCACUGAUAUGCUGAAACGUGCAACUGGUAAAGUUUCAAUUUUUAGUUGCAUUUAAAAAAGUUAUUUUACAAUAAGUCACUAUAGGUUAGCACAAUCAGGCUAAAGACUCAUUAACCACUUUAUACCAGUAACGGCCGGUUUCAUAAUACUUUUAAACGGAGUCAUUUAGCCUAAAAGUUCUUUUAAUUUGAACAAACGUUAAAUGCAAACUUAGUCUAUGUUUGAUAUCUAAACUGACCCUUUCUAAGUUCAAGAACAUGAAACGUUUAUGGCAUAAUGACUAGAUAUCGUGCCACAUUAAAUUCGGGCUCAAGCUCAUCAGAAGAGGGAAAUAUUAUUGUCCAAAUAUGGAAAAAUAUAGAAAAAACUAAUAGGAGAUUUUUUUGAACGAUUUCUAAUUAGUAAGCCCAUAUUUACUACAUUAUUGAAUCAAAUUCGGGAUGUUUCGAAUAACCAAUUACCCGUUAAAAAUAGGGGCAAUCGAUUGCCUCUUAAUUUUUAUGCAAUUACCUGGCAACGAAAACGUAAAAAUUUUAGGAGCCUAAAAGACUUUUAUGCAUUAAAUGUACAAACUGUAUCCGAUGCUCGGCUUGGGAUUCGUAACAUUGCAACUCGUUGGCCAGCUUGCGCAUUUUUGAAUACAGUUGGGGAAGGACACUUUGGAAGACAUAUUUCAGCGGAUUACAACGGAUAUCGCAUUCAGAGAUACCUCAUGAAGUAAAACCUUUAAUAUUUACGAUUAAAAAUGAUGAAAAUAAUUAUAGAAUAGAAUAAUUGGAAUGAAAAUCAAGCCAAAAGAAAUGUUAGCGGCAAAACAACACUCACUACGAGUAUUGUCAACCUCUUUUCAACGUCUCAAAAUAGCCUUUACUUGAGAGACCUUUACAAGUCGAUUAUGGGACCACUUCGCUUCAACAUCUAAAUUAAACGGCCCUUUAAUCUAAAGAAAUCUUUAGUUAAAGUGCCGGCUAGGGUGAAAUUACGAAGCCGGCCGUUAGUUACUAUAAUUUUCCUUUUAAUAGAACACCAAUUAGAAAUGUACUUUUGUAUUAAAACUCAGGUUUGCGAACGUUGCCAGAGACUUCAUAGAUCGUAUUCCAACCAAUCGCGUGACCGAAGAAAGUUAAGCCUUAAAUUUGGUAAAGAAAUCGAUGAAAAGAAAAUAUCAUACAUAAUUUUAGAUCUGUUAUCUUGUUUUAUUUAAUCUCUAAUAAGAUUUAUCAGCCUGAUUAGAUCUAUGGUCAUAUAGCAGACUCCAAACGUGAUCUAAGUUCCUUUACUCAUAACGUAUGUCAUGAAAGGUUUCGGAAAACAUUUCUAGUGUAAUAUUGAAAUAACGAAAUAAUGUUUACAAUUCAUUCAUUCACUUUUCACACAUAUAGUGAACGAAAAAACACAAUUAUACUUAAAAUUAACUCGUUGCUCGUUGAAUAUUUUUUGAAAUAUUCUACGUCGAAGCUGUUGCUUUACCAUACUCUUUACUACUCAAUAUCGCCCAGUUUAAUGAAGCGUACCUGGGGACAUUUGAGAGAUUAUUUUCAUUCGAUACAAAUUGUAUGUCGUAAACAUCUAACCAAUCACUGGUUAUUCAGGCGUAGUGACAAGAAGCUACAAAAUAUUAUUUCGCCAUUGGGAUGAUGUGUAUUAAUGAAAUCAAUCCGGAUAUAAGGAUAUGACAUACCAAACCAAAAGUUUAUCUUUAAAUUUCGCUUUAGAUUUAUAUUUCACAUCAUUGGGAUAAUUUUCUGAAUCAACCUCGUAAAAUCCUUUGUUCUCUGUGAAGUAACAUAUUUUCCAUGCACGGCAGCAUAUCGGAAUUUUGCGCUAUUGAUCUUCAGUAUAUUUUUCGUUGUUUAGCACCCUUUUUCUCUAGUUCUCGACUGAUGGUCAUGUGGGAAACUCAAAAUUGACGAACCAACCUUUGAGGUGAUUUCCUAUUUUGUAUUUUGCACGUUUCACCAAUAUAUUUAACUAGGUAUUAGUCAAAACUUUAGAUCAUCCACUUUUUGGAAGGUUUAAAUAUGGUAUUACUUCUUCACAUUCACUUAUUGUUUUAUAAAUGGUCGAAAUUGCAAUAUUCUGCUAUUUAAAUAUUGAAACAUUACAAAAUCUUUGUUUUCUGGUAACCAGAUUUUAAGAUAUUUAGAAUUAAAUCGAAGGCAAUGAUUUUUUUCUAGAAACUUUCAAAGUUUCAAGUUGAAAUUAGGUUCAGAAAGCAAAAAUUUCAAUAUUUCAAAGAACGGCAAUAUAUUUUUGUAGCAAUGCUGUUGAUAGGAUUUUAACUUAAAAUAUAAUACAUUCGUGGUCUUUUCCCACAUAAUAGAUUUUCCAUAUUAUUCCAAAAGGUCAUUCUAAUAUUCUAAUUUAAACAUAUUCUAUUCAAAUGAAGUACUGAAUUUUUUUCCCUGGAUAUAAAGUUUAGCUAGUUACUUAUUAUGUAAACGUACAUUUAAUCUACACUGGUUCUCUUUGAAAAAACAGUUCUUUAUAUUUUUUCUUAUGUUCAAUAUAAUUUCUACGGUACCUUCUUGUAAUAGUUAUCGAAAUAUUUGUCACAAUGUGAUGUACUGUCCAAAUUUGGUUUCGUUAAUUGGAAUUAAUUUAGACAUAAGAAAUACUUCAUAUUUUUUUAUUAAUUACAACUGUUUAAUUUUGUGAUAAAACUAUUAAGAUUCAUUUUGAAUCAUAAAAUGUGACUAUUUAAAAAGUAUACAUCUUCAGUAUACUUGAAUAGACCACUUUAGUAAAGAGCCACAUUUUAUCUCAAUAUGUUGAAAUUAUUACAGAUAUCAAAAAAACAAACUGUGUCAAAUAAAAAUGCAACUUUUUAUUAUCUCAUAUAUGUUAUGGACUGAUAAGAAUAGUUUUCUGUCAUGUUUCUAUGUUAUUAUUACAAAGAUAACAAAUUACCCGAUGUAUUCUUAUAAAUUCUUUAGACGUGUAAGUUGUCUACUAAAUCAAAUCUGAAAUUUAGUCGUUGUUUGUAAAUUUACUAAUUUAAAUGUUGAAUUAGUAGAUUAAAGCAAAUUAAAGAAGAAAUGCAAAUUUGCCCACAAGACAUGUGUUGAAAAAAAAUUGGUUGUUUGAUCUUUGAUAGAUUAUCAGCUUGGAUCCACUGAUGAUGAAAUUAUAUAUUUCUAUCCUCAGUUAAACCUCCUACUUCACCAUACUUUUUUACUUUAACUUCAAACGUCACAAUAUUUUUCUCUAACAAUUCUUCUAAUACUUCUUGUUGAGAAUUUAAGCCACAGAAAUAAUUCAAUAAUUGAAAAUGUGUGUUUUCUACUUCUCUUUAUUCAAUUAUGUCACCUAAAACAUCAGAUUGCCUUAAUAAGAUCAGUUCUUCCUUCCAUUCCUGCUCAAACUCUCUUUGAAGACCACUUAUUUUUUAAACAAGCCCGAAAAAAUCAUCUCCCUUGUCUUUGGGGUAUACUUUCCUGUUGAUAUAGAAAAAUAUAAAAUACCUACAAAGUUUUUAAACAAUAUAUAUAAUUCCUGUUAUUAACAUCGAUAGUAUAGAGAAAACAAUAGGAAACGAAACAACUGGAUUCUUAACAAAAAGUAAUGUAAGCGAUGUGAUAGAGUUGAGGAGGAAAUUUGCAGGAUAUAGCUUGACACAACUCUCCCAAGAUAAGCAAUCAUGGAAAAGGUAUGACAUUUGUUCAGGGCUAAAUAGAUAGUUACUAUCCCAUCAGACACAUGCACGCACGAGGCAUUUCCAUUAAGCUUCCACUCUCAGCUACCACUUGUCAUCGAAAAGUGUAAAUGUUUAUCACCUUCUUCGGCAGAAUAGCUUUAUUCUGAGUGGUUCUUAUUUCCCGUAUUUCCUUUAGUUUUCAUGAGUGUUUUUAGUUCCUUAGAUGGCUUAUAUACUUUUUGCCGUACAUUUCUCAACAAUUUGUGGUCUAGUGGACAUCGUGACCUGUAGCUGUACCUGAGUUUGGUGUCGUGCUGUCACUAUCUUACUUUGCCCACGAUGUUCUUCACGUGUUCGUUAAAAAUUAAGUCCAUUGUCCAUUGCUACGUCUAAGUAUUUCACUUUGUUUUGGACUUCUUUGUUUUUUAUUUUUAUGUUCUGGUCAGCAUCAUUCAUCGAUUUCGUUUGGAUUUAAAGUCUUUUCGUGAUGUUCUCUAUUCUCAGGCACCUUGUCGCGGAGUGUUUAUCAUUUAUGAGAUUUUAUACUCAUUCUAAGAAGUACAAGCCUUCAUUAUUUGAGCGUGCACAAGACCUCUUACGGAUUUGUGAUUUGUGGAAUCCACUUAUUGUGUCUAAAGUAUUUCAUAUUGUAUAACUGGUAAUAUUUCUCAAAAACUAUCUCGAAAUACCUUUUAUCAUUUGAAAAUAUAAUAAGUUAAUUGUUAUGACAUGACUGUAAUAUAUUGUUGUUUUGAAUAUCUCUCAUAUUUUAUUGAAAUUGUUCGAUUGUGAAAUUUGUUGCUUGUUGCUUUAAGGCUCAUUCAAAAUGUACUUUAAAAAUGAGAAAGUUGAUAUCUCUAACACUUAUUGUUUCCAAUUAACGGACCACGUAAUUAGGAUAUUAAAAAAAAAUGUUAAUACUGCCACUGCCAUGCAGAAUUAAACAUUUUAUAGUUGCUCAGUUGAUUUCAAACGUUAUAUUGAAAGAACCAUAAUAGAAAAUUAUUCUAUAUUGAUAAAUGUUAUAUGAUAAAUUAAUAAUUAAUUGAAAAGAUUUGCUGGAGACAAUAAAAAUUUUGGAUAUUUGGAAAAGACUUAACAGUACUAAUAAGUUUUGAUUGUUUUAAAAAAUAUAAUUAUUUAGCUUUCAAAAAAAAUUCUAUUUUACACUUUAACAAUUAUUUUAAAUGUGUUUUAUCUACAAUCACUGUAUAAUGGAAGUUUAAUGCUUAUUAAUAAACCGUGUAAACUACAACGUUAUCUAAUAACAUUCAUAUCAUCUCUAUCUACUUUUUUAUUGAAUUAAAAAAGUUUAAUUCGCUAAACUCUACUACAAUUUUAAUUCUUAAUAACUAUUUACAAUAAUGAAGUGUGUUAUUGGCUUCAGUAUAUCUCUCAAUCAAACCAAACAAUUUUAUAUUAAUUUCAAGAAUUUUUUCUUAGUUUAGAUAUGCAAUCAUGUUCGGACUAAUUUUGAUACGAUAAUAUAUUUACAUCCAUAGUA